UACCUGCAAGCAAUCCUAUUUAGGAAGCUCACGCAUUUCAUCCUCUUUGGUUCUUAUCUUUUUCGUUUCUCUGCAUCUUGCUAUCUUACUCUUAUAACUCUGUUCCCUUUAUCUUCGAUUAUAUCGAGCUACGGAUUUUCUCUGCGUCUUGAAUCAGGCCAUCAUGGAUUCUAGAUUUGCUCCUUAGAGAUAUAGUUUAUAAUUUUCUCAAUCUCUGGAUUGCCGAUAUGAAAUUUUUGGAAUUUACUACUUUGGACAGUAUAAAUCUGUUCCUUAAUGAUUUGAAUCUUGGAGAAAGUACUAUCAAAGGAAGUCUUGAAGCCUAUUCUUGCAAGCCAACAUCGGUGGACCGAAGGAUUUCCGAUAAUCUGGAGCAUGAGAUUCUCGAUUAUCUAAGCCAAUCUGCAGACAGUGAUCCCUCCUCUCCUGUGGAAUACCUUUCCAGAAGAUCAAGCCGUAGAACAUUGAUUUACCUGGUCCUGACUCUCGGACAUAUGUAUCCUGAUUACGACUUCCGUGCAGUGCAGGCACAUUUGUUCUUCACAGAGGAAGAAUGGGAUAGCUUCAGGCAGAUUUUUGACACCUACUUGUUUGAAGCUGCUAAGGAGUGGUUCCAGCUUAAUGGCGGUUCUCUUCUGGAGUGCUUGGAAAAGGCCAUUGAUGAGGUUAUAAAGCUAGAGGAAUGUGAAGUUUACAGCUACAAUCCAGAUUUUGAUGGAGACCCUUCCAUUGAGAAUGGAGCCAUUUGGUCCUUCCAUUUCUUUUUCUACAAUAAGAAACUCAAGCGCGUACUGAGCUUCCGCUGUUGCUGUUUAAGCAACUUGGCUAUUGAUGGUCUACCUGAUGAGAAGAUGCUGGAAGAUGAAGGAGUGGAUGAUGGCUUGUUCAUCGACAUGGAUAUGUAGCUUAUAGACGAAUGACUGCCCUGCAAUAUUGAUGAAAUCUUCUAUUCUAUUGUACAGCACUGGUUAUGGAUACCUAACUUUAGUAAAUCUACCAGCUAGUUUUGUAUAGUUAGGGCUUGGUGAAAUUAGAUUAGCGACCAGCUGAUAUUUCUAGUAGUAAAAGCGAGUUCUCUGUCCAUGUAGCCGUUUGUAUCAAAAUAGAAGCUACUAAUUAUACCUGGUAUGAGCUUCGUCGUUAAUUAGUCUAAUCUGGCUUUGUUUUUGUCUUCUACUGGUUAUGAAACUGAAUUUGGUUCUCUUGUGUAUUCGUUGUUCCAGUCCAAUCAAAUGAUCGGAAAUUAAUAUUGCUUU